AAGUUAAAUAUUACUGAACUUAAAUACGACAGUUAUUGAGUAUAUAAACCGGUAUACUUUUCGCCAAAAGACCAGUAGUAGUAUAAUAAACGUUUGCAAUGAAAGUGUUGGUGAUUUUGGCAUUUUGCGUUCUAGCAGUCACUGCCGUUCCCGUUCCUGAGCAGGAGCGUGUUAACGGAGAGAAUGGUUGGUAUGUUCCUCAAGUUGAUGGUUCGCUUGUCUGGGUCUCACGCGAAGAGGGCGAACAAAUGCUAAAUGAACUGGAGAAACAAGAAGAAAUGCAAAGUCGUCUCUUACCGGUGCCAGUGACUUUCUACUUGUACACCAAUAGAAAUCCGUCCAAAGGACAAAAGAUUACAGAAAGCUUUAAGUCCAUUACCAGUUCUGAAUUCGAUGCAGCAAACCCAACGAGAUUCGUCAUUCAUGGCUGGACUCAGAGCUACACCGCCGGUAUGAAUAAGGAUAUUCGUGCUGCCUGGUUGGGACGUGGCAAAUACAAUGUGAUCGUUGUGGAUUGGGAACGCGCACGUUCCGUUGAUUACGCUUCCUCCGUUUUGGCAGUACCCAAAGUGGGAGAAAAGGUUGCCAGUAUGAUCAACUAUUUGGUCGAUCAAUUCGGUAUGAGUUUGGAUGAAACCGAAGUGAUCGGUCACAGUUUGGGUGCUCAUGUUGCCGGUUUUGCGGGUAAGAACACUAAAAAUGGCUUACUUCACGCCAUAGUCGGUUUGGACCCCGCCCUGCCACUGUUCAGUUACGACAAACCCAACAAACGUCUCAACUCGGAUGAUGCUCAUUAUGUCGAAUCAAUUCAGACCAACGGUGGUGAAUUGGGUUUCCUUAAACCAAUUGGUAAGGGCGCUUUCUACCCCAAUGGUGGCAAGAGUCAACCUGGUUGUCCAUUGGAUGUAACUGGUGCCUGCAGUCAUGGCCGUUCAUGUACUUACUACGCUGAGGCUAUAGCUCGUGAUGACUACCCCAGUAUACGUUGUGGUGACUAUCAAGAAGCAGUGAAGGAUAAAUGUGGCAGCUCUUACAGUGGUAUAAAAAUGGGUGCAGUAACCAAUUCGUAUGUAGUGUCUGGUGAAUAUUAUGUGCCCGUACGCAGCUCUUCCCCUCAUGGAUUUGGUCAAAUUUAAAUGCUUGUUGAGAUAUUUAGGACUAAUAAAAAUGAAUAUUCUUCAAAACACA